GAACAGUUCCCAAACUUAGCAGCAUUUCACAAUCUUCACUUCCUUAAAUUCUUGGGGUCCCUCUUCCUUUUUUUUCUCUUUCCUUCUUUCUUCUGUAGCUUUCAAUAUGUGAAAAGAAAAUCCAAUCAACUCAAAAAAUAAAGAAAAGAAAAGGAAAAAAGUACAGCUGAAGAGAUCUACUGAAUAGCCUACUUGAGCUCUUACUCAGUCACUAUGCAGUUGCAGUAGAGAUCUUGAAGUAGCCAAAAAGUUGUUUCAUCUACUACUGUUACUGUUACUCUUUUAGGGGUUUCUAGUUAGUUUUACUUUAAGAUCUGUGGCUCACUUGCUUCUUCUGCUUAUUUGAAGAAAAGGGUGUUUAGGGUUUGUGUUGUUUCUUGAUUUUGAAGUGACUAAUUGAAGAUCUGGGACAAGUAUGAAGCAGCUGUUGAUGGUGGUGUUUAGCUGUGGAACUGGGUUUGGAUGAGAAUAUGGUUUCUUGCUUCUUGGUUUUUGCUUGGGGUGGGGGGUGGGGGUGGGUGUUGUACUAGUAAAGUUUUCAUUUUUGGGGUUUUAUACUUUCUGGGGUUGCUCUUUUUUGGCUUAACUAGUGAAAAGUAAGUUGCUUGAUAGGAGUUAGUUGAUUGGCUGAAAUGAGGGUAUCUUCAUCUGGGUUCAAUCCUCAGCCAGAGGAAGCAGCAGGGGAGAAGAAAUGCUUGAAUUCAGAGCUGUGGCACGCGUGUGCAGGACCACUAGUUUCACUUCCACCUGUAGGAAGCAGAGUGGUGUAUUUUCCUCAAGGGCAUAGUGAGCAGGUUGCUGCCUCGACCAACAAGGAAGUAGAUGCUCAUAUCCCUAAUUAUCCUGGUUUACCGCCUCAAUUAAUUUGUCAGCUUCACAACCUGACAAUGCAUGCAGAUGUUGAGACUGAUGAAGUAUAUGCUCAAAUGACAUUGCAGCCACUAAGUCCACAAGAGCAGAAGGAUGUGUGCCUGCUACCAGCAGAACUUGGCAUCCCGAGUAAACAACCAACUAACUAUUUCUGCAAAACUUUGACGGCAAGUGAUACCAGUACUCAUGGUGGAUUCUCUGUCCCUCGCCGAGCGGCAGAAAAAGUUUUCCCCCCUCUUGAUUACUCUCAGCAGCCACCCUGUCAAGAAUUGAUUGCAAAAGAUCUCCAUGGGAAUGAAUGGAAAUUCCGGCAUAUUUUUCGCGGACAACCAAAGAGGCAUCUAUUGACAACAGGAUGGAGUGUGUUUGUGAGUGCAAAGAGACUUGUUGCAGGCGAUGCAGUUAUCUUUAUCUGGAACGAAAACAAUCAGUUGCUUUUGGGGAUUCGACGUGCUAAUCGUCCUCAAACUGUCAUGCCUUCUUCAGUGUUGUCAAGUGAUAGCAUGCACAUUGGUCUCCUAGCUGCAGCGGCUCAUGCAGCUGCAACUAAUAGCCGCUUUACAAUAUUUUAUAAUCCAAGGGCUAGCCCAUCAGAGUUUGUCAUACCUCUUGCCAAGUAUGCUAAAGCAGUGUAUCAUACUCGAAUUUCUGUUGGUAUGAGGUUCCGGAUGCUGUUUGAAACAGAAGAAUCGAGUGUCCGUAGGUACAUGGGUACAAUUACUGGCAUCAGUGAUUUAGAUCCUGUUCGUUGGCCAAAUUCACACUGGCGGUCCGUGAAGGUCGGAUGGGAUGAAUCAACUGCAGGAGAGAGGCAGCCCAGAGUUUCUCUGUGGGAAAUUGAACCUCUGACAACUUUCCCUAUGUAUCCUUCUCCUUUCUCCCUUAGGCUAAAGCGACCUUGGCCAUCUGGACUACCUUCUCUCCCUGGUUUCCCUAAUGGUGAUAUGACUAUGAAUUCUCAACUCUCAUGGCUGCGUGGUGACAUGGGUGAUCAGGGGAUGCAGUCGCUUAAUUUCCAGGGAUUUGGGGUUACUCCAUUUAUGCAACCAAGAAUGGAUGCUUCUAUGUUAGGUUUGCAACCUGACAUUCUGCAAACAAUGGCAGCACUAGAUCCAUCGAAACUUGCAAAUCAAUCCCUUAUGCAGUUCCAACAUAGUAUUCCUAACAGUUCAGCGUCUUUGAGUCAGAGUCAGAUGUUGCAGCCUUCUCAUUCACAGCAAAAUCUGAUCCAAGGCUUCUCAGAAAACCACUUAAUAUCUCAGGCGCAGAUGCUUCAGCAACAAUUGCAGCGGCGUCAAAAUUAUAAUGAUCAACAGCACUUGCUGCAGCCACAGCUUCAGCAGCAUCAAGAAGUGAACUCGCAGUUUCAACAUCAACAGCAAACCAAGGCGAUCUCCAGUCUCUCUCAGAUGGCUUCGGCUACGCAGCCCCAGCUUUCUCAUUUGCAAGUCUUAAGUUCGACUGGUUCCCAACAAAUCUUUUCUGAUAUACUGGGUAACCAUGUCAAUGCAUCUAGUAAUUCUAAUAUGCAAAGUCUGUUGAGUUCAUUUUCCCGUGAUGGAGCAUCUUCUGUCCUGAACAUGCAUGAAACUCACCCUCUAGUGUCUUCGUCCUCAUCAUCAAAGCGAAUUGCCCUAGAAUCUCAGCCCCCUUCUCGGGUUACUCCAUUUGUUGUGUCUCAGCCUGAGGAUGUGAUAGCGCACAAUACUAAGGUCUCAGAUCUUUCCUCUUUGCUGCCACCUUUUCCUGGCAGGGAAUCUUUUUCUGAUUAUAGAGGAGUAGAAGAUAGCCAAAGCAACGCACUCUAUGGAUUUACCGACUCUUUGAACAUACUGCAGACCGGUAUGUCCAACAUGAAGGGUAGUAGUGGUGAUAAUGGAUCUUUAUCUAUUCCUUAUGCUACCUCUACCUUCACAAGUACAGUGGGCAAUGAGUAUCCCCUUAACUCAGACAUGACAACGUCAAGUUGUGUAGAUGAAUCAGGUUUCUUGCAGUCCUCAGAAAAUGGGGACCAAGGAAACCCAAAUAAUAGAACCUUUGUGAAGGUUCACAAAUCAGGGUCCUUUGGACGGUCACUCGAUAUCUCCAAAUUUAGCAGCUAUCACGAACUUCGAAGUGAGCUUGCUCGCAUGUUUGGGCUAGAAGGCUUGUUGGAGGACCCUGAGAGAUCAGGCUGGCAGCUUGUAAUUGUUGACCGAGAGAAUGAUGUCCUCCUCCUCGGUGACGAUCCUUGGCAGGAGUUUGUGAACAAUGUUUGGCAUAUCAAGAUACUUUCUCCACAUGAGGUGCACCAGAUGGGGAAAGAGGGCCUUGAUCUUCCAAAUGGCGUCCAAGCGCAGAUGCUUCCUGGCAAUGUCAAUGUAUGUGAUGACUAUAUGAAUCAGAAGGGCUCCCGAAAUACUAUGAACAGGAUACCGUUGGGGUCACUUGACUACUAUGACCAUUAGUGUGACCUGCCUAAGAUUAAAUGUCCAUUUACGCUGUAUUUGCGAGGGGGUAAGAUUAAUUAUUGGGGACAGACAGCCCGGUAAAAUAGAAGUUGAUCUUUCUUCUUCACAUCCUCAUAGAUGCUUGAGCUUCAAGGUUGGUUGGAGGCAAUAAUGGUGGUUAGAGUUUUAAUUCUGAAGACAGAUCCUUGGUGAGCUCGGGGGGGGGGGGGGGG